CGGAUGUGGGAUAUGAACUAUUCUAAGAUUCAAGUUUAGAUAUAAAUACAACACCCGUUAACCAUUUAAUUAAUAUUAAAUGAAAUAGUCGCAAUAAGGCAUGAUUUUGUUUAGAGUCCUGAAUCAAUAUGACGCUCUUUAACUGGUUGUUUUGGGUCUGCUAUGGUGUAAACUUAUUGAAAGUUUCUUCAGAUCAACUUUUGCUCGGAGUCUCACCAGAUGAAGUAAGAUGUAACUAUUUAGUUCUCACCUGUUUAAGUUCACCUGGUUUUAGACGAAGUGAUGUGGGGAUUAUAUCGUGGUUUAUAAAUGAUAGUUGGAUUGGGAAUACUAAAUUAAGAAGUACCUGUAUUACAAAGUAUAAGAUACCAAAUAGUUAUGAAUGUAAAUCUAAACAACAUGCAAUAGUUAUUAAAUCUGUAGAGAAAGAAAUUGGUACAGAAUGGAAAUGUCAAGAAUUUGCAGACAGUGGUAGUUUUGCAACGUUAAGAAUUACAUCUGAAUCAGUUAAAACUGCUAAUCAAGCAAUUGAACCCGUAUCUAACUCUCAGAUUAUUACUGUAAAUUCUGUUGAACCAGUACAACUAGCCUCGGAAUUUCGGCUAUACGGCCAUUACAAUAACAUUACCUGUUUCAGACGGUUAUUUUCCUCAAUGACAACAGAAAGACAUGCCGGUAGUACAUAUAAUAUUACAGAUAAAGUUCUAACAGUUACACAUGAUAUAGUUGAGGUAACAGAAAAAGAUGGUGGGUUCUACUAUUGUAAAGUUUGUAGUAAAUGUAUCUGUCGUACCUCUCAACAAAUUGGAUUGAUAGUUAAACCAUUUAUUGACACAGAAACAACCAGUACCAGCAGCUCUUCGCCAAUUGUUGCAGAAGAGUCGUCUUAUGAUUCUAUGGGACCCAGCACCACUGUUAUAGUUGGCACCACUACUUCGUCCCAAAAUGUUUCAGAAGAAUCUUUUAAUCUUGGACCCAGCACCACUGUUAUAGUUGGCACCACUACUUCGUCCCAAAAUGUUUCAGAAGAAUCUUUUAAUCUUGGACUCCUCACCACAGUUAUAGUUGGUGUUGCUUGUGGUGGAACCGCUGCCUUGAUAGUACAUAUAAUCAUACUAAUUGUGGUUCUGGUAGUCAGACAGAUCCGAAGACGUAACCAGGAGAGAACAAUGACGGGAACGGUAGACAGUAGAAAUCCACCAACAGGAAGCUCACGCCCGACUGUAUAUCAAGCCGCCAGUGAUAACCAACAAAUACCAGCUGAAGGUCAUUAUGAUGAUUUAGUAAACACAGAUUCUGUUGAAUAUGAAGAAAUACAAUUAUAUGAGAAUACAAAACCAUAAAUUCAUGUAUUGUAAAUAGGUAGACAUAUGUACUGUAGAUGUUUGCAAGUGUUCAAAUAAAUGUUGCCUUUAAGAUGCAUAAUAUAAGAGCUAAAUCUGCAUAUUGCCGAUUUUUAUUUUUGCUUCGGUUGUUAUAUAAAUUAUUAUUUUGACAUUUGCUUACUUGACAAGCUAUAAUGAAUUCUAGAGACCAUCGGAUGGUGGAGAUAUAAACGGAUUAAAACAAGAUCGCCAUUUAAUGAUUUAAUUUAAAAAUGAUGAUUCAAGGCUAAGUCUCGAAAAACAAGUACUGUUGUUACAAUAAUAAACAAUCUUGUCAAACCUUCAAACAGUGAUAACUUCGGUCAGAAUAAAGUACUUUUCAUCGGCGAAAAAGUCGGUCUAAUGCAAAUGUAAAGGGGCCGUUUUCAUGUAACUAACGAAAACGGGCUUUAGAACUAAUAGCAUGGCUAUUAAAACAAGCCGUCUUUCAUGUCCUGCAAAAAAUGGUUUGAACCGGAUAUCAGAUUUUGGAGUAGACAAACCGCUCCUAAUAUCCCAAAAGAAUACAAAAUAGAGAGAGAUUUGCCAAAGGAAGUGGCCCUACACAUUCUAGAGAUCUAUCUGUGUCAUAGUGGUACUGCUAAAGCUCUCUUUUAACUAUGUGAACGAUGACUGACCUUUAAGUUCAAGUGCAGGAAAGGUCUACUUGUGAAAUCACAUCACAACACGUGCUAUGUUUACAUUAAACGUAUUAACACAAACUGAUCCGGGCAGAAUUGGCGCUUUUCACUCACUUUACGCCUUCGCGCACUAUUUUAUGUACCCAUUUAUGCUACGUAGGAAAUAUUUUUUUAUCCAGAUAGGGGAUAUGAUAUGUUAUAUUUUGUUCUAAUCUCCUAAUCAGUCGUUUACAACAGCUUUUGUUUUAAGGCGGAUAAUUUAAUUUAUUGACAAUUAAAACUAGUACCGAGAAUUAAUAAUAAAUUUUGAAACAAUGUAAAUUAUAUAUAGAAACAUAUAAUAAAAUUAUUAUUAUUAAAGGCUCAAUUCCACUCUUGUUGUAACUGAAUAAUAUGUCCCAAUCUUUAUUCUGGUCAACAAAUUGUACUAUUUUACAAUAUUCCAAUUAAUUGGUGAUACAAAUUUCAUCUUAACACACCUAAUUUAAAAAAUUGGAAAAAUUCAACUAAAUGAUUUGAAAAGCCUAAAGUAAACCUUUUCAAAUGUGACUUGGAUUUAAAAAUAUUUUCGAACCCUCUGGACAAGUAAAAUAGGAUUUAAUGAAUAAUUUACACAACAGGUAGGACACUAACACAUCUAGUACUUAGAAUAAGGCUAUUAUUUAUUUUCUGGAGCUGUCAAGCUAGCAAGAGUGUUAUUGUUCCUUUAAGUCUAUAUAUUAACUAAUUUCGGGUUUAUUUUUCAAGAUGUUGUAUCCGUCUACUGCGUUGUAUAUUAUUUCAGUUUUCGCUUCUAUGUAUGAAAUACAAUUCUAGUAUUUUGACCAGUGUCUUUAAUCUUACAGAAAUGAAAUAAAAUGAAAUGGGGUUUAACGUCCUACUGUUCUGCUCCUAAACUGGGCUAAUUUUAAUCUUACAUGGAAAAUAUACAUUAAUGAAAUAAGUAAAUAAACAAUAUUUAAUCAUUUUUCAUUUUUUAAAUUGUCAUGUGUAAUUCUACCCAAGUGUUUAAUUAUACUGGUGAUAUUUAUGUAAUAUUAUAGACUAAUAUUUCACGCAGCUUCUGCCAUAUUAUCGAAUGAAGAUGUGUAUUUGUUUUUAUUUGUAGAAUUACAAAAACUCACACAGUAAUGGGUUAGACAAUUUCAUUUUAUAUAAGCGAUUGUUUAGGUUAAUUAUAUGUAGAAUCUAAAAUGAAAUAUUACCAUUUUUUUAAUCUUUAGUUAUUCUUCGAAUCAGUGCAAAAAUGUGUUUAACGUAGUCCUCUUUUAUAUUAAUAUUAUAAUUUUGUUAUCGUUUGACAAUAGCUGGCGGUUUUGUGUAGUUAUUUUGUGUUUUAUAAAUACUUUUGAGGUUAUAUCUGAUAUAUAACAAAUGGUUUCGUUAUAUAAUAUUUAUAUAAAGUUAUCUAGCUUUUUUUUAAAUUAAUUUUUACAAAUUUUAGUAUUCCAAAUAUAUUUCGUUUCCGUUUUCUUGAUUGUCUCCUUUAAUUUUUUAAUGCUAAAUAAAAAUCGAUUAAUCUCCAUGUACUUUAUAUUAUUAAUAAUACGAUCGUUAUCAUAUUUGGAGUGACAGAUGUCGGCGAUAUCCCCAAAAAUAAAAUAUUACCGUUAAUUAAUAUAUUCUUAAUGGAGGACCUAACUGUAAUUCUUAAAUUAGAUAAUCAUAUACAUUACCUCUAUGAACGGUCGUUUAUAGCAUUAGAGAUUUUUUGGUAAGUCGAUAUGGUGUACUUUAACUGGAAAACAAACUAUGUAUUUUAGUGAUCAUGUAUAAACUCAGUGCUUAAACGAAUAUUGUACACAUACCCGCCACACCCCAUCCCAAUAAAUAUUAUCUCCCAAAUAUCUAUAUGUGAUUACCGUGAUUUUUAUGAAGUAAUUCAAUGAUGUGUAAAUGAUACUUGUAGAUUAUAUUAUUGUAGUUGGGUAU